AUGGCAGACGCGCUGUUCGGGAGCAACUUGAAAGCCAUGCUGGCGAACUCGAAGCAGUCGGAGGAGGUGCACAGGAGAGCCAUUCAGAAGAGUCGGGGGUCAAAGGUGAGAAGAGCAGAGGGCACCAUGGAGAGUGAUCCCGGGGCCCCUGCUUCUAUUGCCAGCAGUGCUGGAACAACUUCCACCACCUCUUCCUCCACCACCUCCACAAGCUCCUCCAGCACCACAGCUGUUACCAGCAACAGUACCUCUAACACCACUACUGCUUCUUCUACUACUUCUAGCAGUAGUAGUAUUACUAGCAAUAGUGCCACUGCAGGAAGACAGGCAGUGCCUCAGAUAUCAGUUUACGGUGGACUGCCUGAUCGACAAACAGUCCAGGUUUUUCAGCAAGCAUUACACAGACAGCCAAACACAGCUGCACAGUACCUACAGCAGAUGUACGCCGCCCAACAGCAGCAUCUGAUGCUGCAAACUGCCGCCCUGCAGCAGCACAGCCUCAGCACCGCCCAGCUGCAGAGCCUGGCAGCUGUACAGCAGGCUAGCAUUGCAGCUGGUCGGCAAAGCUCUUCACAGAAUGGCACUUCAUCUCAGCAAGCAGGGUCCACUCAGGCUACAAUCAACCUGACCACCUCUCCAGCGGCAGCUCAGUUGAUUAGCCGGGCCCAGAGCAUCAGCUCUACCCCCACCAGUAUUUCACAGCAAGCUGUUCUGCUCGGCAGCCAAUCCAGCCCCACUCUCAGCCAGGCGCAGAUGUACCUGCGUACACAGAUGGUGGCCAGGAGCUUGGGCCGGGCUGUUCCUCUGUCCUCGCAGCUCAUCUUCACCCCAGCUGCUUCCGUGACGGCUGUCCAGUCAGAAAGUUCCUCACAAAACCAGGUCCAGAAUCUGGCCAUCCGUGGCCAGCAGGGGGCAACCACGUCCUCCUCUCAGACUCAGACCCCUCAGGCUCUCACUCUGAAGCAAAUCCCGGUGCCUAUUCAGCCCGCUUCACUCGUCAAGAAUCCCAGCCAAGGAACCCAAACCUCCACAGGGGGGAAGGCCAGUUCCUCCGACAGCCACACUGACGGAGCAAAGAAGAGUGAUGGUCCAGCGGUCACCGAAGUUCGAGCUUUAAAUAUGAGCCGCAAUGUUACAGCUGUCAGCGCUCAGCCUCUUAUCGCACCAGCUUACACUCAGAUUCAGCCUCACUCGCUGGUUCAGCAGCACAAGCAGCAACAGUUUGUGGUCCAGCAAAGUCAAGGUUCCCAAAGGACGACAGGCCAGCUGCUGCAGACUGCCUCCAUUCAGCCGUCACAGCACCCCGUCCCCGUUCUGCCUAAACCUGCUCAUCACCAGCCCUCCACUCCCAGCCAGCAGGCCACCAUCUUCCACUCCACCAUCAGUCCCCAUGCCCUCCACUCCUCACUCAACCACGCCAAAGCUCAGCCUGUCCAGCUCACUGCCAUCAAUCUACAAAUACAGCCAACGGCACCUCGACUCGUUCAGGACUGUAAAGAUAAACCAACAUCACUAGUGGUUAGAGAGACAAGUCAGGCGCCGUCCACACAGCAGCAGCCGCAGCAACAGCAGCAACAGCAGCAGCAACAACAACAACAACAGCAGCAGCAACAACAGCAGCAGCAACAACAGCAACAGCAGCCGCAGCAGCAGCAGCAACAACCUGCAGCUUCCCCAUCACAACCCUCCAAGCCUGGAGAGCAGCCCAAGGUUAAUCCUACCACUCCACCUAUUCAACCACGAGGAGGGGGUUCAAUCAAAAGGCCCAGCACAGUGACAGAGACCUCAUCUCCAGCCAUGACCUCAGGUAAUGAGAGUGAGGCGCCUGUCGUGACGGGCAGCACGCCACAAAACGGAGAGAACAAACCGCCGCAGGCCAUAGUCAAGCCCCAGGUCCUCACGCAUGUCAUCGAAGGCUUCGUCAUCCAGGAGGGAGCGGAGCCGUUUCCUGUGUGUGUGGAGCGUCUGCCCAUUAACAUGGACAUCCUGAAGAAGCUGGAUCAUCAGCUCUCUUCGGACCCUGACAAAACGCCACUCAGUAACGCAGCAAACACAGACUCUGAGCCUGAAGACAUGAACCAAACAGAGAAAGAAGAGCCCAAGCUGACGUGUGAAUACUGCGGCUGGGUGGACUUUGCGUACACAUUUAAGGGCUCAAAAAGGUUCUGCUCAGUGGUUUGUGCAAAAAGGUACAAUGUGGGCUGCACAAAGCGAGUUGGACUUUUUCAUCCAGAGAGGAACAAAGCAACAAAUCGCUGGCGUCGAAGACCACAGGGCCGCCCUAGUAUCGAGGCUAAGAAGCAGAAACUUUCCCCCUCUCCACAGCAGACUCAGGGCGGUUCUGUAUCUUCACCACAUGCCUCACAGCCCAGUCAAGAGGAGUCCAGUCCAUGUUCGGACAUGUCCAGCUAUGAAGAGCCACCUUCCCCUCUGUCAGCAGCCAGCUCAGGACCUCUUGCUCCAGCUCCAGCCCAAGCCCCCGUCCUUCGGCAGCCAAGCAGAUCCUCGGACCAGGAGGGCUCUACUGGAAGAGACGCACCGUCGAUCUGUGAACGCUUCCUGCCCAAUGACCCCACCAAGUGGAACGUGGGGGAAGUCUAUGAGUUUAUUUGUUCGCUACCAGGUUGUCAGGAGAUCGCAGAUGAAUUUCGAUCUCAGGAGAUUGAUGGACAAGCCUUGCUCCUCUUGAAGGAAGACCACCUAAUGAGCACCAUGAACAUUAAGCUGGGACCUGCACUUAAGAUCUUUGCACGCAUCAACAUGCUCAAAGACUCGUAGCAGGAAAACGCGUGCAUAGAUUGGAGCGCUUACUGUGCCAUGACUCGAGCUUCUCCACACUACCGGACUCUUUUCUUUCAUAUCUCACGUUAGCUUGACAGAUUAAACAGAUUCUCAGUGUUAUGAUCAGUUUUGUUUUUUUUAGUUUUUAUUGGUGCUAACCUAAGAGCCGGAUGUCCGAUUUUGUAUACGACGUUGCGUGUUACAGGAGUAAAAACAUGCAGAACAUACAUUCUUUCACAAAACUGGCAUAAUUCAUGCUUUAAUCGAGUUCAAACUAGGGAACAGAUUCUGCGACUAGACGAAUAUAUUGACCAUCACCAACCGGAGUCC